UCAAGGCGUCACUUCUCAUUCAAAAGCUAUCAAAUAACUUACUAUUUCAGUCCCCAAAGGCAGUUAAAAAUUGUUUAAUGUGGUCCACACUUCGUAAACCCAUAAGCAAGUUUUGCGGCCCGCUUAAGCGCAACGGACACGGAGAUGCAGGAGGUUGUCCCGGAGCGAACUUACCCUUUGGCUUGAAUAGCCCGAUGCGCUUCACACUGUGUUAUCUAAUUGCGGGAGUCGUGGGCUUUGGAGCUCCGUUUCUAGUGAUUCGCCACCAAAUGCUGCGUAAUGUAACCGAAGAGCCCAAGGAGGAAUAACUAAACUAUUAUGUUAAACACUCGUUA